AUGGACCACCUCUUCCGGCGAUAUGUAAUCGGCCGGCCUCGCCGCGCAGAUUCUACUUACAUCUGCAUAGAUGGCUCAGUCUUUGACCUGAACAAGCUCCCAACAUUGCUCCAACCACCUGCAUCUCACUCCUCCUUCAUGAUGGACUACUACAACCAGAUACUUCCUGAAUACGUGCUUCAUUUGCCCGGACACGAAGAUCUUCUCCGGAGACUCCUGAAUCCUCCUUGCUUGCCUCCCGGAGCACGACUGCCCCGUCGGUACCAGCCACCAUUGGUCAUUGCCUCGCCAUCCUCCGAGACUGUUUUGCUGUAUGAGAGAACCGUCAAUAAAGAGCUACACGUUGGACCCAACUUCUUGGUGCUGUUUGUGCUCUACUGCCCAGGAAGUUACCCAGGGGCCCAUCUCCCUGUCCUCCCAGCCUUGUUUCUUCCUCCUGAUGUCAAAAUGAUGCUCUGCUUUUCUGUCAACAGGAUGUUCAAGGAAGAAUACAAUGAUGACGAAAGCUCUCUGCAAGGAAAAGAGAAAGAUGAGAAUUCUUUGCAAGGGAAUUCUGACAAGGGAAACUUUCAUGAUGAAGAUGAUAAAAAAGAGCUUCCACCUUCCAACCUCCAGAAGAAUGAUGGAAACAGGCAGAUGGUGGGUGUCCAUGAGGACCCUGAAGUAAGACAUAACUCCUCUACCUUCCAAGUUAACAAUGGGAAUAUAAAAUGGCUUAAGGAGUGCCAAGAUAAAAUUCCUCCAGAAAAAGAAAUGAAAAGGAACACACAGGACAAAGCGGUGGGGAACUGGUUCAAGAUCACAAUUCCUUAUGGGGUGAAGUAUAAUAAGACUUGGCUCAUGAAUUCAGUCCAGAGCCAUUGCAGUGUCCCCUUCACACCAAUUGAUUUCCACUACAUCAGAAAUCGGGCCCAGUUCUUUGUCCAGGAUUCUAGUAUUGCCUCUGCACUGAAGGAUGUCAAUAAUAAGAUUUGUGAUGAGGAAAAACAAAAGAUAUCGAUCUUUGUCAAUCCUUGUGCUGAACCAAAUACUUUGCAGAAUAAGUUCACACCAGAAAAAAUGGAGAAGCUAAUGCUGACAAUGAACAAACGAUAUGAUGUCUCCCAGCAAGCUCUCGACCUCCAGAAGCUCCGCUUUGACCCAGAGUUAAGGGAUCAUGACAUUGACAUGAUCCUAAACCGAAGACAGUGUAUGGCUGCCACCCUGCAGAUCAUUGAAAGGAAUUUCCCUGAGCUGUUGUCCUUGAACUUGUGCAACAACAAACUAUACUGGCUGGAUGGACUGUCUGACAUUGUAGAGAAAGCCCCCCAAGUCAAGAGACUGAAUCUAUCUAAAAAUGAGCUGAGGACCUCCACGGAGUUGGACAAGCUGAAAGGGCUGAAGCUGGAAGAGCUGUGGCUAGAAGGGAACCCCUUGUGCAGUGCCUUCCCAGACCAGUCUGCCUAUGUAAGCGCCAUCCAGGAUUGUUUCCCCAAGUUGCUACGCCUGGAUGGCCAGGAUUUACCAGUAUCAAUCGUAAUUGACAGCGAAGCACCUGAAAUAAUAAGACCUUGUAAGGAAAGCUAUAAAGGAUCUGAUAACCUAAAGAGUCUACUAUUGCAAUUCCUACUUCAGUAUUACCUCAUCUAUGACUAUGGAGACAGACAGGGCCUCCUUGAUGCUUACCACGAUGAGGCCUGCUUCUCCCUGACCAUUCCCUUCAACCCUGAGGACCCAGACCCGAACAGCUUGGAAGAGUAUUUCAAGGAUAAUAGAAAUAUAAAGAAGCACAAGGACCCUUUUCUGCGUAUGCAGCUGCUGAAGCACACAAAAUAUGACAUUGUAAACUGCAUCAGUAUAUUACCAAAAACUCAGCAUGACUUUAACUCCUAUGUGGUAGACCUAUGCGUCCAAACAGAAAUGAUGCUCUGUUUUUCUGUCAAUGGGUUGUUCAAGGAGGUGGAAGGAAAGUCUCAGGGUUCUGUUCGUGCCUUCACCCGGACCUUCAUCUUAACUUCUGGCAGCAAUUCCAGUCUGUGCAUCGUGAAUGAUGAGAUGAUUGUGAGGAAUGCCAGCCCCAAAGAGACCCAGAGUGCCUUCUCCAUUCCCAUGCUCCCACCUUCCUCCAGUUAUGUGCCUGACCAAGAGCAGCAGGGAACAGCACAGCCUUUCUCCACCCAGUCUGAGGAGCAGAAUCUCAAGUACACUCAGAAGUGCCUUGAAGACAAGAAGGAGGACUAACCAGAGGUGGUCAGGUCUUCACUGUGCUGCAGAUGAGUCAAGAUUCCAGAGGAGGCCUUCAAACAGAUGCCCUGAAAGGAGC